UAUAUACUAUACCCCCCCUAUCUUCUCCUUGCUUCGACCGGUUGAAAGAUACUUUCGGCCGAGAGAAGUAACUUGAAGGGUUACAUGUGCUUCAAGGUGGCGAAUCCACAAGACGACAAGGAACUCGACCAGCCCGUAGCGGCGAGCGGCGGCACCGAAGAAGAAGGGCAGGUGUCGGAGACGGCGGCCGCGAUGUUCUCGCCGUAUAGUCAAGAGAGGGAGAUUUCGAUGAUGGUUUCGGCCUUGACGCAUGUCGUUGCCGGGGGCCGAGCAGGUGCGGUCGGUUCGCCUUCGUACACCUCCUCGUCUUCGUCUUCCCCGCCGCUGAUGGGUGGUCAGGGUGGCGGCGUCGGCGUUGGUGGGAUGAAGAGAGAGAGGGAGGAGGUGAUGCCGGAGUCGCUCUGGAGGUAUUACCGGGGUUUCGCGGCGGAGUUCGGAAGCUCCCCGGCCUCCGGGGAAUCAUCAACAAUUAUAGCAGCAUCAGAGCCCAGCCCUUACAGCCUUGUAACCGCCACCCAGUCGUCCACCCCUCCAACCCCUGCUUCAACAACAGAGGAGCCCUCCGCUUCCGCCGGCACCGAGCCAGAGCAAGGGCAGAGGCGGCGCUACCGUGGAGUCCGACAGCGGCCGUGGGGAAAAUGGGCGGCAGAAAUCAGAGACCCACACAAGGCGGCCCGCGUAUGGCUCGGCACCUUCGAGACCGCCGAAGCCGCCGCCCGGGCCUACGACGAGGCCGCACUCCGCUUCAGAGGAAACCGAGCCAAGCUGAACUUCCCCGAGAAUGUCCACCUUCGACCGGUGGCACCCAUCUCUCCUGCGCCUCAACUGCCGGCUCCCACUCCGCCGCCGGUGACUCUCUUGGAAUCCCAACCAUUUGCUCGACUUCAAGCUUCCGGUGCCUCGAGGGACUAUGUGGAGUACUCAAGGCUCUUACAGGGGACAGGGGAAUACCGGACGUUUUCUCCCACGGCCCUUUUGGAACAAAUGAUGUACUCGAGUUCUUCUAUGGCAUCUCUUUUGCCGAACACUUCUUCACUGGCUUCUCAUUCUUUCGCGACUUCCUCCGUUUCUUCUUCCUCUGCUGCUCCUCCUUUCUCCUCCUCCUCCUCCUCUGCUUUUCCCCUGCAUUAUCCUUUAGGGGGAACAGAGCAGCAGAGAGGUUAUCUCCGGCCGCCGGGAAGUGGGAUUGGAGGGAGUGGAGCGGGCUGGCCGGCGCCACCCUCGACGGAUUCUGGCCGGGAUCCGCCAUCUUCUUCGCAAUAGACAUUUUAUUGCUUCCAGUCUUAGAGCGUCGUUUUCGUUUUCUUUGUUAUUAUUUCCUAACAUGUGAUCUGGUAUUACUUUUGGGGUCAUUACGAAGAGAAAAAGGAAGUUAUAUAUUUUCCUCCAAUUCUUGUAUUCAAUGGCUUGUUAUUGUAUUAAUGCAGAAUUCAAGUCAAAUACGCUUUAUGUUUAUACUA